AUGGUACUGGUUGUGUUUCCCAGUGUCCUUAGCAGUGGGUAUCAACGGAAUCUAUCUAACAAUGGUGCAGAUGACAAGCAUUCUAAAAUAUAUGAGCUUCGGCAAUACAACAUUUAUCCACAACACCUGAAGCCAUUUCUGGAGCUCUCUGUCCAAGGACUGGUCAUGCGCGCAAAAUUCUCAAAGAUGAUUGGCUAUUGGUCAGCUGAGCUAGGAGGGUUAAACCAAGUCAUUCACAUUUGGGAAUACGACAGCAUAGCACACAGGGCCAGUGUCAGACAGAGCCUGGCUUCAGACCCAGAGUGGACAGAGAGCUACUUCUCAAAGAUCUUACCUCAUAUGAACACCCAGGAGAAUUCUGUGUUGCGUCUGUUACCAUGGAGCCCUCUGGAGUCUGAUCUUCCAGCUGGAGGUCUAUAUGAGCUGCAGACAUUCCGGUAUAAGGAGCCAAACAGCUCUGAGUGGGGAAAUGACCUUGAGAACUACGCCACUGCCCGUGGAAGAACCAUCAAGCUGGUUGCUGCUUUUAAAACCACUAUAGCUGGACACAAGAAUUCAUCCAUUCAGCUGUGGCAUUAUCCAGACUUGAAGAUGUUGGAAGUCAAACAAUCUCAGCUUGAAGAAGACAAGACUGCUAUGGAAGCAUAUGCACGAUUGCUGAAGAAAGUCUCAGAUGAGCAGGUGAAGAUUUUGGUCCCACAACCUUGGUCUCCUCUGAAGUAAGCGACUUGUGAGAGAAAUGGUUAUAUUUCAAGAUCUGGCCUAUCCAGCCUAUCCAGCCUAUAUGCAGAAGGAGGUUUUUCAUGUAUUUUCGUCAUAUAACAUAUUUUGAGGUCUGAAAUGAGCAUUAUAUACAUGUACAUGAAGGUGAAUUCAAUAUUUGUAUGUUUUUUGUAGUUAUUAUAAUCAUAAUUUUAGUAGCAGUUCUGAAAUAGCAGAGUUGGAAAUGUUUUGUCUCACUUCAUGAAUUUGAACUUAUGAACUGUAUUAUGUACAGUAUUGCUGAGAUGUUUCUAAGAUGGUGGUAAGAAUUUUGUUUACCAGGUUCUACAUGUAUCAUUAUAUUGCAAGGAUGAUUGUUUUGUUGCACGUACAUUAUGCUGCAAGAAUGAUUAUUGUUUAUUGCACAUACAUUAUACUGCAAGGAUGAUUGUUUUGUUGCACGUACAUUAUACUGCAAGGGCGAUUAUUGUUUUAUUGCAUGUACAUUAUAUUUCUUAGUCUCUUUAUGAUGGUGCUACAUAGUGGUAUAAAUAAAUCUAUGUUUUAUAUCAACGCUGCCAAAUACAAUAUCACACUGAUUAUACUUGAUAAUGAUGAGUUAACACCUGAAAAAUCAACAUAUGCAAAAGUUUAACAUGCCUAUAAAAAAUUUCAGAUUGUUUUCAUUGGCCUUCUCCUGAUGUUCAUUUAAUUUUUAUGUGAUCUUAUCCUUUAAAAGUUUAGUACUGAUUUUAAAUGAUGAAGACAAAAAUACCCGAUACAAGAGUAUAAAGCAUGCAAAAAGGAUCUGAAUUUUACGUUUCUACUGUUAUCAGCCUGAAAUCAAAGAAAUAUUAUAGAUUUUACAACACUUUGAGCUAUUAUAUUUGCCAAAGUUUCUAGCCCACCAAGUGUUAAUCUGCUACUCUGGUUUUAACUCAAAAUAUUUAAAGUCAGGUAUAGAUAAAUAUUACUUUCAUGUAAAUCUUAAUGUAUACACACUGAUUUAUGUAUACACACUGAUUUUUGUAUACACACUGAUUUAUGUAUACACACUGAUUUGAAUGUAUAGCUUUACAUUGUUGUUAUUAAAAAAGUGAAUCUGACACAUCUGGCCUGAUGGUGUUCUGUUUAUUAAUAAUAUUGGCUAAAAAAAACACCUGUGAUACCAUUGCUUUCCUGUAGUUCAAGUGUCAAUCACACAGCACAAUCAUGAUCAGAAUAAAUAAUACUACAAAUAUGCGUACCUAUGAUAUAUGAUGUAUAUGGUGCAUGAGUGCACAGGCUACAGGUAAUAAGGGUUAAAAUUGACCCCACACUGCAG